CUCUCAACAUCAUUAAUUUGAACUUACAGUGCUUACUUAAGUCCUGGCAAAUCAUAGGUGGUGGAAAUGUCUGUACCAAGAUUCCAAAAAAUAAACUUUGGAACAUAUGAUAAUUACAUUCCAGUCAGUGAAUUAAGCAAAAAAUCAUGGAAUCAGCAACACUUUGCCCUGGUAUUUCCCAAACCACCACGGCCAGGAAAAAAAAAGAGAUCAAAACCAUCUCAACUACGAGACAAUACAGCUCCUAAAUAUGAUGAAGAGAAAUUAAGAGAAGGUCCUAAACGACCGUUAUGGAUGCACAGUUCUUUAAUGAGAAUUUCUGAAAGACCAUCUGAUUAUUUAGCUGCCAGGAUAUGGCCCCAACAUAAACCAACCCAUCACCCCAAGGAGGUUGCUAAAGUAGCAGAUGUACACAAACCUGUAUCUCCAGCAAGAGGUAAGAAAGAUAAAGAACACAAGACAGCAGACAAGAAAGACAAAUCAGAAUCAGAAUCAGAAUCCACAGUUUCAAAGGGGCCACUAAUAACUAGGAAGGAGUCAAAGAAAGAUAAGGAUAUAGAAACAGGAACUAAAGGUGAAAAAGAUGUUGCAAAAACAGAUGUCAAAAAAGAGAAGAAACAUACAAAGAAGGGUAAGGAGUCAGCUACAGAAUCUGAAGAGGAACAAAAAGGUGCAAAAAAAGAUACCAAAAAAGAAAGAAAAGAUUCAAAGAAGGGUAAGGAGUCAGGUACAGAAUCUGAAGGUGAAAAGAAAGAUGCCAAGAAAGGUGCCAAGAAAGAAAAGAAAGAUUCAAAGGACAAGGAGUCAGGUAUAGAAUCUGAAGGUGAGAAGAAAGAUGCCAAGAAAGAAAAGAAAGAUUCAAAAAAGGGCAAGGAGUCAGGUACAGAAUCUGAAGGUGAAAAAAAGAAUUCAAAGAAAGAUGCCAAGAAAGAUAAGAAAGAUUCAAAGAAGAGCAAAGAAUCAAGUAUAGAAUCUGAAGAUGAAAAGAAGGGUGCCAAGAAGGAUAAGGAUGGGAAAAAAGAUUCAAAGAAACCGGGAGAAAAAGAUGAUGAGUCAAAAGACAAGAAAGAAUCCAAGAAAGAUGCAAAGAGAAAGGUGAGUAAAAAAGAGAAGAAAGAUGAAAAGCCUAGUGGGACAGAUAUUGAAUCAAAAGAUGAUGCCAAGAAAGAUGCCAAGAAGAAUGCCAAGAAAGAUGGCAAGAAAGAUGCCAAGAAAGAUACUGACACAGAAUCUCCUGAUGCAAAGAAGGAUGCAAAGAAGGAUAAAAAGGAUGCAAAGAAGGAUGCAAAGGCAAAGAAAGGCAAGUAGGCCUUGGAUAAAAUUCAAAAGCACGUUCGAUAAAACAAUUUUAGCAAUCUGAUACCAAAUCUAUGAGUGACAGGGGGCCUCAAAGAAUCAAAUAAUUUUUAAAAUGGAGCAAAGAAGAAUACAAAGAAAGACUCAUAAAAUCAUAAAAAUAUAAAGAAGAUAAGAAAAAUUAAGAGAUGAUUCAAUGAAGAACUUGGAGGAUACAUAUGCUAAGUUUGGGGAUAUGAAGGAUUCAAUGAAAAAUCCCUAGAAAUGUUCAAAGAAGAAUAUUCAAAUCAGGAUGUAGAAGUUAAUGAC